CCCACGAUAAACUCUGGCAUCAGCUUCCCUUCAUCCGGCAGUCAGAGAGGACACAGUGAGGGCGCAGGGGCAGAGAGACGGGGACAGAGACAGAGAGUGACAGAAAGGGAGUAGUGCGAUAAAAACAGGCAGAUUGACAGAGCAGAAGAGGCUGUCAUUGGAAUCACAAAGCUCCUUUUUUUUUUACAGCAGCAGAACUGCCGCUCUGUUUGCUGCCUCCCAAUGCAGGCGAACGCUGCCAGCGAUGACGGGUGGCUUGUUUCCGGCAGCACAGCGAUCUGAGUGAUGGUACCGGCUGCAGCAGCAUCACAAUCCAAGGCAGGAGCUCUCCUCACUGCUCUAGCUCUUAGUCAUCCUCAGCCUCCUCUCUCCAUUCUCAGAGUGCUAUCAGGGCCAUUCAUUGCUCCCAUCUCAUGCUGCCUGCCUCCUCCUCCUCCUCCUCCUCCUCCUCCACAGCCUCGUCCUCAAAAUCUACUCCUCCUCUGAUGAGCCACAGCCUCAGAGUGAAAUAUCCCCGCUAAUAGAAGCUUCCCUCUCCCUGUCAAGACAGUGCCAUGUGUGAUUGGCCAAAACACCCUGUGGUAGUGGCAUCGCCCUGGAUUAGGCAAGUAGCUCUCCCCCCUGCUUGUUCUCUGGGGCUCCUCUGGGAAGCUUUCAGGGGAUUUAUCUCAUCCGACUGGAUGGCACAGAGCUCUCUGCCUCUCUGAAAAGAGUCCAGAGGAAAAAAAACACAUACUACAUGGAUAAGAAAUAAAAUAAUUAUCCAAUCACAGCACAAGGAGGAAGACUGGGUUCCCUUAGCAACAACUGAAGAUGAGAAGAUAAUCCUUCUCUCUUUCCGCUCCCUUGGUUUUUGGGCACACCCCUGUGGACUGCUGGGGGUCAGUGUUUUGUGAGAGGACUUGGAAAGCACUGUUGCUUAAGAAGAGCUGCCACCCAAAUUCCAGAAGAAGGUGCUCGUUUCCCUCCCAGCCCGCUUUGUAACUGUGGCUCAUCGAUACCAUGAUCGUUUUGUUAUCCCUCCACAAAUUCUCAUCACAAGUCACGUUCCGCUGGCUUAGAAAUCAGUUCACUCCGAUCCCACGCCUCCUGGAAUAAGCCCUGCUUUUGGGAGAUACUGGACGCUCCGUGCAAAAGCCCACACCUACCUUUCUCACUUUCAUAGGAGAGAAAUAAAGGACAACGUGAUAAAGUCAUCAUUUUCAAAGAAAAUGGAUGUGAGGCAAAGUUUGUACUGAGAAUCUUUUUUUUCUUUUUUUUUUUUAAAUAAUUUUUCCUGGAGGAGAAAGCGUCGCACUGCACAGAGGAAUACCCCCUUUUUCCUUUUGCUCUAUAAAGACAGUGGCCCUUGCUAAAGGACUAUAGCAAGACAGUAAAUUGUGUCCUCCCUCUAGCCACCGAUAAUGUAGAACAGGAUCAUUUUGCAUUUGAGCCACUGCUGGGAAUUCUAUUUUUCUAUCUAUGCUACAUAGCUCCUUUGUCUGCCAUUAUGUCGCUGUGUUUCACAAGUGAAAGAGAUCAUACAGGACACACUGACGAGGAAAGAAGUCUCUUCCCUGUAUAGACAGGUGUUUUAAAUAGCUCCUCCUCAAGAACAAUUUUAAACACACACAAUGACACAUGAGAUGAGUUGGCUCAACAUGAUUAUGUAAGAGUUUCAUACCAGCCUGAGCCUGUGCGUUUUUCCCCUCAUCCCUUUUUCCAUGGAUUUACUGCAUAUGACUUUUCCCAUGCUCAUUUUCGGUUCAUUUUUGGAAGCGUCUAGGCAUGAGUGUCAGAGUGUGACCCGGUGCCGAGUGAGUGGGCCAGGCAAGGCGUUUCGGCUGCCCAGGUGCUUUUAAGAUGUUGAGGUAUCCCUGCGUGUCCGGGGCCCCUGUUCGGAUCAGUAGCACUGAGGCUCCUCGUAGCCAAAGACAUGGACCCCGACUCGGCUCCCCCACGCCCUCAGCCUGUUGGCCACUGGCCCCACGUCACCCUGUAAAGGAUGUCCCUCAGCAGAGCUCCGGCCCGGGACACCUCUGAGACCCCCAGCCCGAGAGAACGCAUCCGCAGCCACAUGAAGAUGGUAAUCGACCAACUGGAAGGCAUUCUCAAAGAGCUCAAGGAUGUGGCCAAGGAACUUCGGGAGGUGGUGGGUCAGAUUGAUAAACUAACGUCCGACUUUGACUUUGACCUGGAUCAAGAUGACUGGACAGUGGCCACAGCCAGCAGCACAUCCAGCAGUGAGCGAGGUUUGGGAGAGGCCUUCAGGCUGGACUUCCUCAAUGCAGAUGUGCUUUCUGAUAGCUGGGAAUUUUGCAGCUACCUGGAGGCUGCUGGUGCCACCUCCCGCAGACCUGGUGAGCAAUUGGGGGAUCUUCGACCGGAGAUUGGUCGUGGGACCAUCCCAACCCAGACACAGACCCCAACUCCACCCCCUUCCACUGCCUCAGUCUAUUCCCAGAUGAAUGGUGGGCUGCCCAUUCCUAACGGGCCCCGCAUUAUCACUCCAGAUUCCUCCAGCGAGGAGGCAAGCAGCUCCACGCACAGCCACAAGACUUCCCGUACCUCUGGCACAAGAGAAAGAGUGCGCUUCAGUGACAAAAUCCUGUACCACGCAUUGUGCUGCGAUGAUGAUGAGGAAGAGGAGCAAGAUGAAUUGCAGGACCAGAGUGGCUGUGCUACACCAGACAGUGAUACUGAGUCCAAUCUCCUGGCCAGCUCAGUCACACCCAAACGUUCUUCCUCUGAGCACUCACUUCUCCAUAACUGUCUGGACCCUUCCUACAUCUCCUCACCAAUGAAGGGGACAACAGGAGCUCACACACUACCCAGGAAAGGUCUCUUGAACCCCGGCUGCCGCAAAAAACUUUUACGAAACAGCAGCACACAAACUGUCUCUGACAAGAGCACCCAAACUGUACUGCCCUACGUUCCAACCAAACAGAAAACAAAGGACCACUGAAAAAGCCCUAAGUUUAUCAUAAAUCUCAAGAGGAGGACUGUGGACUAUUUAAUAUUAAAUACAUAGCUCAUAGAUUAUUACACAAAUAAUUAAUUACUAAAUAAAUAAAUGAUAUAUGGGAAAACACUCGACUACCUAAAGUCAUUCUGAGGCUCAGGGAAAACACAAUGAAAUGAAGUAGUGAAGUGAUUAAAGUUGAGAUCCUUAUGAUGAAAGUUACAGAUGGACCAAAAGGUUAGUGCCUGCUCUAAUGUUUAAAGAUAGAUUGAAUGAAUUCCCUAUGUGUAAUAAUCUGAAAUAAUGGUGGAGAUUACAAAAGCAAUCAUUUUUAAUAGAUCAUUUUGGUGUGGAAAUCCGGAGGUUAAAGUAUGAAGAGUGUGAAGAGGUCCCUUCAUCGACUCAUACAAUAGCAUAAGUCACAAAAAAAGAGAAAACAAUGCUUGUUCCUAUAAUGUGGAUACAAAACGCUGCACAUUCUGUAUUCUGAAUAUGUAAAGGCAUCUUUUUUCAUGUUCAAGUUUUUUCUCAAAUGUCAAGGGGAUUAUUGUUUUCAGCAGGGAAUUGUAUCUAGAUGCACAUAUGUCAACCCUCUUUUUGAUGUCAACAAACACUACGUGGAGAGCCCGAAAAAUAUUUACCUGCCCUUGAUUUCAUAAAUCAUCUGAAUGUGAUCUCUUCUUGGUCUACUGCAAAGGUCAAAACAUAUGGACUUUUGUGUGGUGGUGGGGGGGGGGGACAGAAAUAUAAAGUAAUUUCAAGAUUUGCGGUCCACAAAAGCAACAUUUCCUAUUUUCUUCCUUUUCCUCUAUGCAUGCUGGUGAUGCUAUUAGGCUUCAGAUCUCUGCUAAAUGGCAGUCGACAAAAAAAGUUGUUAAAGGUUUUGUCUCUCAAUGCAAUCACUCAGCGGGAAAGUGAACUCCGUAGAGCAGCAUUUUAUUCACAGGACUAACACCAAUAGCCAUUCCUGAUCAAUAUGUUAGAGGGAGGCUGCAGUAAGAGGGCUUGCUGCUGAGCAUGCAAGCCUCUCCCCUGGGAUCUGUGAACAAAAACUCACAGUCAGACCUAUUUACUGACACUGAGUGGAACAAAAAUUAGAACUGGGCCAUAAAGAACUGACAUUUUAAAAAAGGUGUCCAAGAGUGAGAGCUGACGUUUCUGUUUAAAGAUUUUUUUUUUUCUAACCAUGCAAUAAUCUAUCAUGGGGGACAGCUUUGUGAGACUCCCACCUUGAUGCACUUAAACUUUCCCAAUGUUGUGUUUCCAGUUUGAAAAGUAAAAUGCCAUAGCCUCAAAGAGGAAAGUCCA